GUGAUUUAUUAUGAUUUUGAAAUGAAAGCGCUAAACAGUUUAGGACGCUUAACACGUCUUCGUGAUUUACUUAAAGCUAGAAAUUUACAGGCAUACAUUGUGCCAACAGAAGAUGAACACUUUAAUGAGUAUGUAGCUGCUGCAGAUCAGCGUUGCGCAUUUAUUUCUGGAUUCACGGGUUCUUCUUGUUCUAUUGUCAUCACCUUAGAUAAAGCUGCUUUAUGGACAGAUGGUCGAUAUCAGUUACAGGCUUCUAAUGAAUUAGACGAAAAUUGGAUAUUAUUCAGAAAUGAUUUAUCUGAUUCCCCUACAAAAGCUAAGUGGAUUGUAUCAUCUACACCGCCUGGCUCAUGUAUUGGUUAUGAUGGUAGACAAAUACCUUAUACAGGAAUUCAAGCAUUAUGCAAAGAAUUAAGUAAUGCUGAAGCGGAAACUGGUAUCUUACCAGAUAAUAUGGGGAAUAAAACUCCGCAAAGUCGACAAUUAAUUGAUCUGCCUAAUACGAAUUUAAUUGACCAAGUCUGGGAAUCAAUGUCUGAAUUACACAUUGAAAAUGUUCAACGUCCAUUGCGUUCAUCGAAUCCCCUCAUGUUUAUUCCAUUAUCAUUUUCUGGUUCAACAUGGAAAGAAAAAAUAGACCGUGUUAGACAUACAAUGCAAUUGAAAGGUACACAAAUGUUAAUCCUAUCUGCAUUGGAUGAAAUUGCCUGGUUAUUUAAUCUACGUGGAAAUGAUAUCCUGUAUAAUCCCGUAUUUUAUGCUUAUGCUAUCAUUGGUACGGAUACUGUUGACUUAUUUUUAAAUCCAAACACUGUUAAUCAAACAUCAGGAUUAGAAGAGUAUUUGAAGGAUGAUCAGUGUAUUGUAAAUAUUCAUCCGUAUUCUGAGUUUUUUAAUUACCUCGAAAGAAUUGUUCAACGCUCAAUAGACAAUCAACCAUAUUUUCGAGUAUGGCUUGAUUUUGUCGCUAGUCAGGCAAUUGUGUCUAGAGUACCAGAAAAUCAUCGUUUUAUUUAUCUAUCACCUGUAGCUGAAAUGAAAGCAGUUAAAGCAUUAUCAGAAUUGGAUGGUAUUCGGCAGAUACAUAUCACUGAUUCACUAGUUCUAUGCGACUAUUUAGCCUGGUUAGAAGAAGAGGCUAACGUCUGGAGAAAUAGUAGUCAAAAUCACUCAGGUGAUAGUGAACCAAUUAAACCAAAUCCAGAGAAUGGUGCAGGUCUACCGGUUAUAAAGCCACCGAGUGUUUUAACUGAAUCAUCAGCUGCGCAAUAUUUAGAUGCAUUGAGAGCACAAGCUAAAGAUUUUACCAGUCUGAGCUUUAGUACAAUAUCUGGUGCAGAUUCAAAUGGUGCUAUUGUACAUUAUCAUCCUGUUGAAGGUCAAGAUGCUCCUAUUACCAGUUCAAGUGUAUACCUUGUUGAUUCUGGUGGUCAGUAUCUAACUGGUACAACAGAUGUCACGAGAACAAUUCAUUUAAAUGAACCUACUACAGAAGAGAAAAAUUGUUAUACAACUGUACUGAAAGCUCAUAUUUCACUUUCUAUGCAAAUUUUUCCAUCAAAUACACCAGGUUCACGGCUUGAUGUUAUAGCACGUGGUGUAAUGUGGCAAUUCUGCGGUAAUUAUGCUCAUGGUACAGGACAUGGUGUUGGUGCCUUUUUGAAUGUACAUGAAGGUCCUAUCGGAUUAUCUGGAAGUCGAUUGAAUAUGUAUUCACGGAUGGGUAUAGUAGAACCAGGCAUAAAUGAAAAUAUGGUAGUUACCAUUGAACCAGGUUUCUACUGGACUGAUCACUUUGGUAUACGUCUAGAAAAUGUUGUAUUUGUUGUCCCUGUUCCCGUUGGUGGUAUGCUAGAUGCCACCACCACUACCUCUCCUACUAACAUCGGCAACAGCAACAAUCAUCUCCCUGUAAAUGAUCAAUCUUUUCGUUUACCAUCAUUGGAUGAUACUGUUAAAUGGCUUACAUUUGAACCAGUCACUCUGGUACCAUUUCAGCAUAAAUUCAUUAAUAAGAAUCUAUUGAAUCAGGAUGAAUUGAAUUGGUUAAAUAAUUAUCAUAAAACAAUUCGUCGUGUUUUAUGUAAUCGUAUUUUACAAGAAGUCAAUUCUACAUCGACAUUAAAUGAUAUUGUCAAGGAGAAAGAUACAUCCGUAUUAUCAUUGAAGGAGAUAUCAGCCUUAUCAUCUAGUCGAAAACGUUGUCUACAAUGGAUACUUAAUCAGACAGAACCUUUUGUUUAAAUUUUAUGGAUUUUGUAGGAUCUUUUUUUCAAUUUGAUUUGAAGAUAAUCUCUGUCUUCCUCUUGUCUACCGUUUUAGGCUUUCACAGAAAUACAAUACACUAGUAUUGCUUUAAAUUAUGAUAAAUAAUUUAAUUAUUUAUUUAUAAAAUUUAUUCGGUGUUGUUAUAUAUAUACAUAUAUUUCUCAAACUUUGUUAAUAAAAGUCAUGUUAAAGAUGUAUUCAGUAAUUAAACGGGUCAAUAACAUUGAAGCGACAUGGACUACCUGAUGAUAAAAGUAACAGAACUUUCUAGAGAUAUGAGAAAUUCAAUAAAUCCUUCUUUGGUUACUGAUGUGAUAAAAAUAAAGAUCCUAUUAUUAC